AUGUUGAGGUUCCGACCUGUACGAACAAGAAUACGAUUCCCUUCCAACCUAUCUGGCCAGACACGAUACCGAUCCUUCGCUUCAAGGGGAGGUCCAUCGACGUUGGCACAAAUUCGUCCAAGUCCUCACUCACUACGUACUGCAUACCCUGUCAUAAGUUCAACAAAAUUCCACACUUCCACUCCUAGGCAUGCAGUCUCUCCCUUCAAAUUACACGAUAUAGGAGAGGGUAUAACUGAAGUUGAGAUCAUACGGUGGUAUGUAGAAGAUGGACAGGAAGUAGCAGAGUUUGAUGCAUUAUGUGAAGUACAGAGCGAUAAGAGUGUAGUCGAACUUACUUCGCAUGCUAAUGGGACAGUCAGAGGCAUACAGAAAUCAGCUGGGGAGAUGGCCAAAGUUGGUCAAACAAUUUGCGAAAUCCAUACAGCAGAGGAAACCGGCGAACAAGAAGCUUGCCAGGAUAGUGUACAGCCAGAUCAACGACCUGGAACAGAAGAUUUGCCAGAAUCAAAGCCUAUUGCGAACCAAGUCGAGAGUCCGACAGUUAAAGCAACUGAAGGACUUACCGAGACCCUGGAGAAAUCCCAGGAACCUGAAAAUGCCAGUGCUGAUCGACCACAGCCCAUACACGAAGCAGAAGAACAUGAUCCAAUUCAAUUACAAGGUGAAGCUUCAAUCUUACCUUCGCCUCCUCGUCCCAAGCAGCUCGACCAACAAACUCAAGUAGAAGUCCGUCAAGAUCGAUCGGAUGAAUAUGAUGAUAAGAACCGUAAAGGAAACAUCAAAACUUCCCCUGCUGUACGCACGUUAGCUACCAAACUCGGUAUCGAUCUUAGUAUGGUCAAAGGGUCAGGUGAGAAUGGUAGAAUCACGAAACAAGAUGUCGAAAAUUAUUUCUCUGUUUCAAGUGGUCCAAUUCCCAGCUCAGAAGCAGGUGUGAAAGUGCGAUCAUACAGAGAUGAUUUACCUGAAUUCACUGGAGUGGAAUUUGGAAGGACUAGGAAAAUCAUGUUUAGAGCUUUGGGUGAACAGGGCAAGAUACCUCAUUUCGGAUACUCACAUACUCUCAAUCUCACUCCCCUCCUUCCAUAUCUCAAAGCUUCCAACCCUCAAACAUCCAUCUCAAUAGAUAAACAAGGAUAUAUCGCAUCUGAUAUUCCAUCUGAACUGGUGACAAAUCCCAUAAUCGAGAAGAAGGAGAAAACCACGAUAUUGAGUUUCCUAGUCAAAGGUUUGAUAUUGGCUUUGCAGGAACAUCCUAUCAUGCGAAGUAGGUUGAAAGAAGAUGGGGAGAAGAGGUUCUUGGAGAUUGGGAGAGAUGGAGUAAUUGGGGUUGCUGUUUCUGAUCCAAAAUACGGACUUUUAACACCUUCUCUUCCCCCUCUCCCACCUUCUACAACCAUAUCAACAAUAACUUCCCAUCUUCACUCGCUUCGCCACGCACCCAACAAGCCCUCAACCCCAGCGAAUAUCACCAUCUCCUCCGUAGGCGGUCUGGGCGAAGCUACAGGCGCGAUGCCGAUCUUACCUCCCGGAGGGGGGUUGGCGAUCUGCGCGGUAGGCAAGGCAAAAUGGGAUAUGGAGUGGGAUCUGGCGUACGGAGAUGAAUCUAAAGGGAAAUCGGUAUGGGAGAUGGAUGAGAGUAUGGUGGAAAGGGGAGGGACGAGGGCGGUUUUGAGGGUUCCUGUUGGGUGGAGUGGGGAUCACAGAAUUCUCGAAGGUGCCGAAUUGAUAACGUUCACUGAGACUUGGAAGAAAUAUAUCGAACAACCUUGGAGAUGGAUCAAUGUGAAAUAG